UCCCUAGCUGUGCUCAUUUCACACUUGAAGAGAAAGGGCCCCUUGCUAGUGGUAGAUGAUACUUAAUGCCUCCAGCAGCUUCAGGAAUGGAGGAGGCCUGGCUUCCCCCGGUUAAACCCCAACUGUGAUCUGGCCCUCUAGCAGCUGUCGUCUUCAGAAUUCUGGGCUUUAAUUCAGGGCCUCGUUCCCUCCCUGAGCAUCAUGGCUCCAGCCUGGACACCUGGGUCCGGAGCUCUCACAUCCCAAUAUACCCUAGGUGAGCCCCCUUCCCCCGAAGGCUGCGGUGGGACACGCAGAGAGGGGAGUCAGGGAGUUGGGCUCACACCCCUCCUAAGGUCAAGUCUUGGCCGCUGCCCGACCCCAGGUAUGGGGCAGUGGGCCGUAGCGGGGAGCCUGGCCCCGGACCACCACGCUGCGUCCCCACGCCCGCAGCCACGCGGAGCGGCGUCCGGGCCCAGCUUCACGCACCAGAAGAAGAGGCGGAGGAACUGGAGCAACGCCCAGGACUGACUUGAGGGCGGCAACUGGCUCGCUGGGCAUUUGAUCUGCCAGAGUGGGAGGGGGUGGGGGGCAAUAUAAGCGGGUUCCAACCUAACGUACCAUUUAUCAAGCCCCGCCCACACUAUAAACCUCCACCGACUCAGCCCCUCCCCGGCUCUUAGCGCUGUUCAGUAAGCCCCGACCUUGGCUAUAAGCUCCACCCACUAAGCCCCGUGGCCUGGCCCAGAAUAGGAGAAAUGAGAAAGGGGUUCCAAGGGGUCAAAUGUAGCUAAGGAUGUGGGCGAUGAAAAGAUAAAAGCUGGGUGGCGCCUGUGGCUCAAUGAGCAGGGUGCCGGCACCAUAUACCCGGAGGUGAUGGGUUCAAACCCGGCCCUGGAAAAACCUGCAAAAAGAAAAGUUAAAAGCUAUCAGUUGAGAGGCCUCUGUGGUUUCCCUGUUGCCCACUUUCCCUCACCCCCACCUCCCGGCUCCCUUUGCUUCUGUCCGAGAUGGGUCCCAGUUUCCCAGAGGAAAGAAGAAAUGCCUUCUUGGUGAAUUUUGCUAUGCUUGCUUCAGGCAUGGCUACCUAGGGCUUCCAGCUGUUCUUCCGAAGCCAGAGCAUUUCUUUGUCGUGAUGGCUGUUCAUAACACUUUGUUGAGAUUAUUCUCAAGAUUAUGUCAGAGAAAAUUCACAUUCCAGGCAUGCAUUUCACCCAUGGAAAGUGCACCAUUCUGUGAGAUUUACCACACUUGUAGAGUUAUGCAACCAUCACCAUUAUAUAACUUUAGAACAAUGAUAAACCCUUACUCUUUUUCUUUUAGAGACAGGACCUCACUCUGUUGCCUAGGGUAGAGCAUAGUGUCUUGAUCAUAACUCACAGCAGCCUCCAACUCCUGGGUUCAAUGGAUGGUCCUGCCUCAGCCUCCCAAGUAGGUGGGACCACAGGUGCACAUCACCAUGCCUGGCUAAUGUUCAGAAUUUUUUGUAGAAAACAAAGUCUCGCUUUGAGAAUCAGGCUGGUGUUGAACUCCUGGCAUCAAGCAAUCCUCCUGUCUCAGCUUCUCAAAGUACUGGGAUUAUAGGUGUGAGCCAUCACUGCCAGCCUAGAAGCCCAUAUUAUUGAGCAAUCACUCUCUUUACACCCUCAUUCUCCCCUCCCCCACUCUAUGGCCACCACAAACUUACUUUCUGUUUCUAUAGACCUGCCUAUUCUCAGAAUUAGGACAUGUCUGUGACAUGUUAAGUCACCCCAUUGUGUGGAAGGAGAGAAAAAUGGGGUGAAGUCGGGGACCCAGGGGAGCAGGUGGCUUGGGGGUGUGAAGCAGCUGUAAAGCCUUCCUCUCAGGGGCUCUGGACAGCCCAAGACCUGUCCUCAGGAAGUCAGUGUCUGUCCAGGACAUGCAGGUGAGGGAAGUGGAGAGGGAGGGGGAGGCCCAGGAUGGGGGAAGGUGAGGGUACUCAUGGAGGGAGGGCAGGGUUUUGUCUGUCUAUGCAGGAGCGAGAAGCCCAGAGUCUGCAAGAGGAGGUGGGUAUGAAAAGAAAGAAGAGGACCAGCAGAGGGCGGGCAGGUGGUGGCCAGGUGGGGCUCUGCCUAUAAAGAGUGACUUUCACCCUGGGGGCCCCACAAGCAAGAGAGUUUGGUGUUGUGCCCUAGCAGCAGAGACCAGCUCCCUGGACCCCAGUGCACCUCGGUGGACCCAUUAAUCCCUCCAGGCACCCAGGGAGGAGGACCAGCCUGCAGCAUGAACCUGUGGCUUCUGGCUUGCCUGGUGGCCGGGUCAGUGGGGACAUGGGCCCCUGGUGUCCAUGCCCAAGGUGUCUUUGAGGACUGCUGCCUGGCUUACCAUCCCCGCCCUGUGUGGGCUGUGCUGCGUCGUGCUCAGGGUUACCAGCACCAGGAGGUGAGCGGAAGUUGCAACCUGCCUGCCGUGAUAUUCUACUUCCCCAAGAGACAUAGGUUGGUGUGUGGGAACCCACAGACCAAGGUAGUGCAAAGAGCCAUCAAGUUUCUGGAUGCACAGAACAAGACUCACCCAAAACUUCACAACACCCAGAUGACCUUACAAGGCUCUCAAGCUGGGAAGAAGAAGUUGAGUUCUGGAAACUCCAAGCUACCUUUGUUUAAGAUUAGAGAUCCCAGUGGCAAGAGGAAUGCCUCCUUUCCAACAGUGGCUAAUCCAAGACCAUGAGCAUCCACUCAUCUCCGGGAUCCACCAGUAGAAGAGAGGCUGGAACUUCUCCGCCACAACCAUCAAUCACCCUACAGCCCAGCUGCCACCUGCCCCUCUGUCCUUGGGGCCAACUCCUAAUCCCUGUGCCUGCUGCCGUGGUCCUCUGUUCUCUCCCCCACCAACACCUACUCCCGGGCAGCUGGAAAGAGGGAGGUAGCCCAGAGAGUGGCAUCAACCCUGGGCAGGGGAUCCUAUAGAGAAGUCUCUUUUAGGAUACAUCUCCUGCCUGAGCUUCAUGCCACCCACCCUGAGCCAUGCCUGUGUGUCCCUCUGAGUCCUUGCGAAGGUCUGGUUGGGUCUAAAAUGCCCCUGCCAGAUGGUUGCUUUUCUAUAACUUUUAAAUAAACCUUUGGUAGGGGG